AUGGGACCAGUCAAGAACGAUAAACGCAAGUCAGCGCCUUGGAUAUGCCAUCGUAUCUCCAUCACGUGGCUCGCACUCACUCAUUGCUCCCCUUCUGCCCUUGGUGCUCAAUCAACUGGAACGGAUCGAUCACCUGGUGGACAAUAAACCUCCUGCCACGCAACAGGCUCGGUCGCAAGGCAAGAACCGAUCGAACGAGUAGCCCUACCCGAGGACAAGAAGGAAGAAUCUCUCGCAGGUACGUCCUUGCGCACAGCCCCCUCCUCACGACCGAAUCACCUCGGCUCACCCUCCCCUCUUCCCGGCGCGCUUUCCCAGCCACGAGACCUCACGUCGCCCCCGCCGCCGAACCAAAAACCAAAACCAAACGCGUCAAGUCGUCGACAGCGUUGAAGCGACAAGCCAAAGCCAAGAUCGCGGGGAUGGAGAGGUCGCAAAAGUUGGAGAAGCGCAAGCAGUCCGUCGAGGGGAAGAAGGAGCGCAAGAACAAGGUCAAGCAGAUGUGGGAUUGA